GAAAAUAACCUUUCUUACAACAACCACCACGUGUGGACAAUCUCUGUUCGGCUAGUUAAGCCUUGUUUGUUUGUAGUCAUGUGAAGAUGGUUCCAGAAAUUAAAUUUCCUACUCCCACGGUUAAAGGGACUAAGAACGAUAUUAUCGUGAAAAGAAGAGGAGGUGGCACUCUUAUCGACAGCAGACCCAUAUUUUCAUCGGAUGCUAACUACGUCUUUCUAAAUUGUGGUUGGGGUGUACGAAUAUUUAGUGUUAAGACUGGAGAAUGUGUCAGAACCUGUGAUGCUGGAACCAAAAAGGAGUCGGUUGUAAGCAUAUUUUUGUAUGAAGACCAGCCAUCUGCUGUAACUUCAAAUGGCACGUUUUUAUCAUGGGAAAUUAAAACAGGAAAAAAUUUGAGGAAACAGCAUUUUGAUAUAGGAAAAGGAAGUGUAGCUACAAAUGCAUUUCUUGUUCCUAACCUCCUUAGUUCAGAUAUUUUAGAUCUUUGCAUUAUAACAUUUGACCAGACUGAGUCUGAAUUACAACUUAAUUUUUUUGACUUAAGUGCAAAAGAAAGAAUACAGCAUCCAUUGGAUAAAACUGUAGUAAGUGAUGUCGAUAUAAAACAGGGAAUCUCUUUUGGUGGCCCUGAAGAGAAUAAAAUUAUUGCUGCAAUAUCUACUCGCGGAUUGAAUAUUUUUUCCUUGAACGGAAAAUCUCAAAUUAUUGGUAUCAAUCCUGGAGAAAAUAGGAGUUGGACAUGUGUGAGGGUGCACAGCUCUGAUUACCCUGUUGCUGCUGGGGAUACUACUGGUCGGGUAGUUCUUUUUCGAGCACCAUUAAGGAAAGGAAGAAAAAGUCCCCAAGCAGUUUACCAUUGGCACACACUUCCUUGUAGAGAUAUAGCCCUGACGCCUGCAGGAUCACUUAUGUAUACUGGAGGCGGUGAAAAUGUCCUAGUGAAAUGGAAUUUAGAAAAUCCUCAAGCACGAAAUUAUCUUCCUCGUCUCUCUGCUGAAAUUACUUUUAUCGAAAUUUCUAAAAACUUUGAAUAUGUAGCAAUUGCAACAUUAGACAAUAGUGUGAAAGUGAUUGAUACACAGAGCAGGUUGAUAUGUGUUCUUCAGGAACUUUCAUGGGGUGUACUUUCUACACCUUCUGCUCCGCUCUUUCCUGCAGGACUCAGUUUUGAUCCUAGAACUAGAGGAGUUGUACUAAAUGGAAGACCAGGGCAUCUGCAGUUUUACUCACCAUCAACCGAAUCAUUCUUAUUUAAUCUUGAUGUUACCCUUCGUAAUUAUUUAACUCAAGAACGAAAUAAAGUUAUAUAUAACACUGAAGUCACUGGUGCUUGCAUUUCAAGUGAUGGUGCUUGGCUUGCUACUUUAGAGACUCGAGAGGAUCCCGCUGUUAGGCUUGAACAGAGACUUAAAUUCUGGGAGUACAAUGUGGAUAAAAAAUGUUUUUGUUUAAAUUCGUCAAUUGAAGGUCCACACAAUGGAAAAGCACAUAAUUUUAGGUUUCGUCCAGGCUCUAAGUCUUUAUCAAUGUCUAAUCCGACAUCUGUUAACUACAUGCUGGUCACUACAGGUAGUGAUGCUAAAUUCAGAAUAUGGACCCCAAAUGAAAUUGAUAGCAUUUAUCGAAAAGGUGUUGUUUGGGGCUGUGAAAAUGCCUGCUUCUACCGACAAAAGGAUUGUGGCCCACUUAGUUUUUCUGAAGAUGGGACUAUUAUCGGAGUCGGUUUUGAAGCUUCUUUAGUGCUUUGGGACUUGACUGAAUUAAAAGUUACCGCAUCACUUAAUACACCGUCUAGAGAUAAACAUAUUAGGUUCGUGGAAUUUGGUCAAUUUGAAAGUUUCUGUGAAAUAGUUUGUGCAACAGAAGAUGAAAUCUGUGUUUGGAAUUUAAUGACACUUGAGUUAUCAUGGAAACUAUCGAUGAAUGUAUUGCUGCUAGUUCAAGAUGUGUCAUCAUCACACUUUGCUGUGUUCACUAAAAACAAUGAAGUGUUCAUAUUUAAACCUAAAUCGCCUGAAGUUAUCUACAAUAAGAAAAGGGUUUGUGAUCGUAAUGGUCUAGCAUUGUCUGCUCUCUUUGUUCCUAGACAAAGACAUCUGUCUAAUGUGCCAUCCUGGAUGCAAAACUCCCAGUUAUUUUAUAUAAACAAUAAUCAGGAGUUGCUGUGCAUGGAGAGUGAAACUGAAUCAGCAGAAAGCUUUUAUCUGAUGAUUCCCCAAGAUGUCAUUGAUGGGACACCAUUCAGCAAUCUUUUAGCUGCUCAGGUCGAAUCAGAAGUUAAAAGGUCAAAGCCUCUCAAACAAAAUGUCGGUUAUGGAAUCCUUGGUAGUGCUGCUGUCUCACAGUUUUUGAAAUAUCCAGCUCAUACUGUCCCAGCCAUGAGUCUAAUGUGCAGCAGUUUUCUUCAGUCCUUGAUUGUCACUAACAAACAAGAGGCAGAAAAAAUGGAAGUUGAUGAAUCUGAUGAAGGUCUCGCUGAAAGUGCUUCUGUAAGUUCAGAGGAGGAAGAUUCUAUUCAAAAUAAGAAUAGAUCUCCGAAAUCAAAAAAUAAGACAACCCCAGUAAUCGCCAAUCAUGAAAAUGGACUCUCAACAGCUGAAAAAUUGUCAAUGUUUUUCAAAGACUUGGAAAAGGAUGAUGAAGAGUUCUUAUUUGAGGAUAGUAGAAUAAAUGCUAGAGAAGAAAAGUUCUUUAUUGAUGGGGUAUAGAUUUUAAAAACAAUGUUAUCAAAUAACAUUUGUAUAUUUUGUAAAUAUAAACGUAUAACUUACGCAAUAUGUACAUAAUAAGAAAUUUUUAUGUAAAUUUUUAUUAACACAAAGCAGUUAGUACUUUCCAAAGUAUGUUACUAUGUUAUAGUAUAUAUUUAUAACUGAUAAAUCAUUUUAAAGUUUCUAAUAUCGAUGUGUAAUGCAGAGGAAGUAAUCAAAUAGUUUUAUGCUUUGUACAAAAUCAUUUUAUUAAAUUAAAUAAAUCAUAGGAUGCUAUUAUGAAAUUUCAGUUCUUUGAAGAAAUGUUUUAACUUUUAGAUUUAAGUUUUGCUUUUAAGUUUUACUUUUUAUUUGUAAAUAUAUCUUUGUUAAAUGAUUUA